UGGAAAAUUCUGAAAAAAAGGUUUAAUUUGUAAAGAAGACACUCGUGCAUGACCAUGCCUAUGGUAUAUUUAUAAAAGUUAGGAUCACGCGGCUUCAUAGCAGAAGCUCGUUUCGGUACAAUUCCGACUUUGGUUAAAGCAAGAAUAAACAGAAAUAUUAGUGAUUAUCAUGGAAAGAUGAAACAGAGAUAUACAAAUUUGGUCAUUAGAUUUAUAAAGCACAGUGUCCCGUGAAAUUAUGUAACAAAAGUUGUCUCAGUAUAAAAGUUUAUUUUCUUUUAAUUAAAUUUAAUUUGAGCAUAAAACUAUAAAUCGCGUAACGUUUCAAGUUAACUUUGUUCGAAAAUUUUACCGAAAGAUACAAAGAAAAAUGAAAGGAUAAACAAGCAAUAUUUUAAGAAAUCCUUCCGCAAAUUAUUCGCAUGCUGAUUGUCACGAGAAACUUCUACAUAGUAAGGAUCUGACAUUACACAAGAGUAAUAUUUGUAUGUCGCCUUCUUAUAAAGAUCGUAAAAACGCUACUGCGCAUGGUGAGAGAAACCAUUUGUUUUAUGGGAUCAUUUCAAGGCAGAAUCAUUGAUGAAAAUCUGAAUGUGAUGCAAUCGUGUCGUUAAAGUAUGAUAUUUAUGUAGGAACAUAUUUUGAAUAAUUUUUAUUGUUGCGUGUCACACAUAUCUCUACUUCGAGAGACUGAAACAAUUUUCAUCGAGACGAAGCGUCAGAGAAUGUCGGUGAAGAUGUCAAGAAAGACGUUCAAAGUGACCUCUCAGGCCCCUUUUGGAGUGAGGUUCUUCCUUGCCUGCUCGGUCUUGGCACCUUCCAAGGCUCUCCUGUGUCUCACUGUGGUUGCUAUCAUUGUACCGGCGGAGGCCUCAUCGACUUCUUCAGGAAAUAAUGUGACAGAGAGGCAUCCUCAGCGCGCAGUGAGAUUUACGAUUGAUGAACUCGUCAACUCGCGGUUCCCUAGUCGCAUCUCGGAUGAUAUUGACUUAGACCCAUGCAAAGGAGAUGGCUUCUUGGAUGACAUUGCUCUUCCGAACAUGGGGCUGGAGCUCGAAUGGGAAAGGCAGAAACAGAACAAGAGCUAUAUGGAGGAGGUGGAGAAAUACAAGAAAGAGAUCCUGAUGGAGGGGUUGCAGGUGGAGGAAGAGGGCCUGCUGGAGGUGCAGGUGGCGCGUCAGCGAGAGAUGCGCCGUCAGCAGCAGGUGAGCAACAGGGCCGAUGCUGUGCCAACUCACGAGGACGAAAACAAGGCCGUAUCCAAGGAGGAGGAGGCCAACAAUACCCCGAGAAGACAUGGUACUGGACCGAAGCGAGGCGCGCGUCCCGGUGGCGAACAGCACAAAAAGGACAGACGAAGAAGGGCUGGAAGGAGAAGGUCUCACAAACGUAAAAUGGCAGAAAACUCAAGAGGCAGAUCAGAAGGUGGUAAGAGUGAGAAAGAAAGAAAUGGAACAGUUUCUCACGGUGAUAUACACAACAGCACACAGAAACUUUCGACAAUAUCUGAAGAUUCUCAUAAACCUACUCUGAAUGGAAGUGAACCAGUACAUGCAGUGCCCACAGACAUUACCGAAAUCACCCCUAGACCGAAAGUUUUGGUUACUGAAGCACAAUCGUCAACUUCAACCGAAGUGCCAAGUGGUCAGAAUGACCGAUCUGUUAAGACACAUAAACGCCGACGAGUGGCAAGAGCCGCCACUGCUCGAGAGGAGCGAGUGUGGGACUACGGUGUAAUACCGUACGAGAUUGACGGCAACUUCAGCGGCGCGCACAAAGCACUGUUCAAACAGGCCAUGCGACACUGGGAGAAUUUUACAUGUGUCAAGUUUGUGGAGAGAGUAACCACAGAACACCCUAACUAUAUUCUGUUUACAGAGAGGCCUUGUGGGUGCUGUUCUUUUGUUGGGAAGCGUGGCAAUGGACCACAGGCAAUUUCUAUUGGGAAGAACUGUGACAAAUUUGGCAUCGUGGUGCAUGAGCUGGGUCACGUGGUUGGCUUCUGGCAUGAGCACACACGCCCUGACCGUGACGAUCACGUCCAGAUCGUACGUGAGAACAUAAUGACUGGCCAGGAGUACAACUUCAACAAGCUGACAGAUGAAGAAGUGAAUUCCCUGGGUCUGCCUUAUGACUAUGACUCCAUCAUGCAUUAUGCACGUAACACUUUUUCCAAGGGCACAUACCUGGACACAAUCCUACCACGUGAGAGGUAUGCCAAUAAGAGACGCCCAGAGAUUGGACAACGAAUCAGAUUGAGUGAAGGGGACAUUGCUCAAACUAAUCUACUAUACAAAUGCUUCCGUUGUGGAAGGACAUAUCAAGAGAAUUCAGCCACAUUCUCAUCACCAUCACAUCCCAAUUCAAGUCCACCAGUAGAGGGUGAACGCUGUGAAUGGCGUAUCACAGCUACACAUGGAGAGCGUAUCGUGCUCAAUAUCACUGAAAUGGACAUCUAUGAAAGUGACAACUGCCGCACUGAUUACAUCGAGGUUCGCGAUGGCUACUGGCACAGAUCACCUCUCCUUGGACGAUACUGUGGUAGUAAUCGCGUCAAUAUCCCAGUCAUCUCAAAUGGGAGUCGAAUGUUAGUGACCUACAUAACAUCCACUCGCCAGAAUGGCCAUCGUGGAUUUACAGCAAAUUAUGAAGCUGUAUGUGGAGGUCACUUGAUGAUGGAUGAAGGUCAUCUGGAGUCUCCCAAUUACCCAGAUGAUUAUCAGGCCAACAAGGAGUGCAUAUGGAAACUCACUGUGCCAGAAACAUACCAAGUGGCUCUAAAAUUUGAAUCAUUUGAGGUGGAGAAUCAUGACAACUGCGUGUAUGACUAUCUUGAGGUGCGAGAUGGCUUGUUGGCUGAUAGUCCACUUAUUGGUACAUACUGUGGAUACAAGAUUCCAAGUGACAUCCACUCUACAAGAAACCAUCUUUUUGUCAAAUUUGUUUCUGAUGGCUCAGUUCAGAAAGUAGGCUUCUCUGCUAAGUUUAUGAAGGAAUUUGAUGAAUGUGCCCUGCAGACUCAUGGCUGUGAACAUAACUGUGUAAACACUCUAGGAGGUUAUGAAUGCUCUUGCAGAAUUGGAUUUGAGCUUCAUUCUGAUGGCAAGCAUUGUGAAGAUGCCUGUGGUGGUGUGUUUGAUGCCUCUAAUGGUACCAUAACAAGUCCCAGUUUCCCAGAACUGUACCCUGGAAACAAGAAUUGUGUGUGGGAAAUCAUUGCACCACCACAGUACCGCAUUACGCUCAACUUCACCCACUUCGAACUGGAAGGAAAUAAUGUUUAUCAGCAAGAAUGUGAAUAUGACAGCGUGGAAGUACACAGCAAGAUGGGUGAGGAUGUGACAAGAAAGCAUGGUGUCUAUUGUGGCUCCCGGCUUCCUCCACUAAUUACAUCAGAGGGCAACAGCCUACGUGUUGAAUUUAAUUCUGACAACUCCGUGCAGAAGUCUGGCUUUGCUGCAGUCUUUUUCACUGACAUGGAUGAAUGUGCAACCAACAAUGGAGGUUGUCAACAUGAGUGUCGGAAUACCAUUGGGUCGUAUGCAUGUUCCUGCCACAAUGGCUUCAUGCUGCAUGAAAAUGGACAUGACUGUAAGGAGGGAGGAUGUAAGUAUGAGAUUACUGCACCUUCUGGAACCAUCUCUUCACCAAAUUAUCCUGACUACUAUCCAAGCCGCAAGGAUUGUGUUUGGCAUUUCACUACUACUCCAGGACAUCGCAUCAAGCUGCUAUUCAAUGUGUUUGAAUUGGAGCCCCAUCAGGAGUGUGCAUAUGAUCACAUUGUACUAUAUGAUGGUGAUUCCCCUGAAUCACAUACAUUGGGAAGGUUUUGCGGCUCCAAACCACCACACCCAAUUAUUGCCACUGGGAAUCAGAUGUUCUUGGUCUUUAAAUCAGAUGCCUCUGUACAGAGAAAGGGAUUUUUCGCAAGCCACACAACAGUUUGUGGUGGACACCUACAGGCUACUGAUCGUGUCAAGCAUCUAUAUUCACAUUCAAAGUAUGGUGAUCACAAUUAUGAAAACAGAGCUGAUUGUGAUUGGUCCAUUGAGGCACAGCCUGGUCGCAAUGUACACCUAACCUUCCUCACCUUUGAGCUUGAAGACGAACAGGACUGUGGCUAUGAUUAUGUUGAAGUCUAUUCUGGUCUUGAUGCCAGUGGACCUUCUUAUGGCCGCUUCUGUGGAAAUUCUAACCCCACUGACAUUGUCUCUAUGAAUGAGGCUCUACUAGUCCGUUUUCGUUCAGAUGACACGAUAAUAAACAAAGGAUUUUCAGCAGCAUAUGUUGCUACAGAUCCUAUGGGAAGUGAAGAGAUAGCAGAUAGAAUAGCUCAAGAGGAAGAAGAUAGUCAAGACGGCUAAUGGUUUUAGUCAGAACGAAUAAAACAAGUACAGGCUAGGUACACAUAAGGAUGGCAAAUUGUCCGAUUGAAAUGUGUUAAUUGGACGCAAAGGAUUGGCUCUCUUGAUAUAUAUCAUGAACUGAUGGAAAUACUAAAGCUUUAAAAGAUCUCAUAUAUUAUUAUCUUGAAGGAAUAUUCCAAGACUGGUGUAGUGCCCAAGAUUGAGUGAUGUACUUGAGUACUCCAUCAAGAAAUUAAAGUUGCAUGUAAUAUAGCAUCUUCAGAGCUCUGAAAGUAACUAGCAAGGAAUUUCUCUGAAGAUAAUGAGUGUUGUUUAUUGUCACUGCCCUUCAGAUGUUUAGGGUUCCUCAGGCUGCUCAUGCCAGGACAUAUCAGUAAAUAACAUUCUUAAGAUCAUGACAUGUUGGAAUUAAUGACAAACCAUGAUACUUGCCUGUAUUCAGGGUGCACUUUUUACCAUUGUUCAUUCAUCAUAAUCAGGAUCUGUCUAUAAUAAAUAUCAUUCAUUCAAAUAAUUUUUCUUUAAUAACAAAUUUAGAUGAUAUCCUUGACUUUAUGCCAGUCACCAAUCAAAUGAACAGGUUUGUUGUUCUGACCUACAAAUCCCUCAUCUUAGCAGAUGCAUGACCAUGUAACAAUAUUGCAUUGCUGGUAUAAUGUGACCUACAUCUUUCUUUCCUGCACAUGCAAAAUAAAGGAUAUAAACAUUUAAAAGUGACAGUGACCUUAUGUAAGCAACCAUUAAUUGGGUUUGGUUUCACAGUGGAGGGUUCAAGAAUUUCUGAAGUAACUUAGUUAAUAUUCUUUCCUUGUAAUUGCAAGAUAAUGAUCAUAUCAUGUUACUUCCCCUGAAGAUAAGAGGUAUCAGACACGACAAAAAUAUUUUAUGUAUUAUACAACAUUAAAACACUGGCUGUUCAAGAAACAGGCAAGUUUUAUGUGUUCCACAGCAUCUUGAAUUCAUAUGAUUAUGAGACAUAAUUAUAUAAACAUGAUGAAGGCAUCAACAAAAGUAUGUGACAUUAUUUUCAUAGCAUUCAGUGGAUAGAUAACUGUGCAAGUAAUUUGGAUGUCAGUUAAAAAUGGUAUUGUAUUUGUAACAUUUUAAUAUGCAGGAGACUAUGUAAGUGAGCAUUGUAUCAACUGCUGGACAUGAUUGAACACCAUUCACCUGUUUGCUGCUCAAAAGGGCUGGUUAUUCACCAUUCCUACUCUAUAUCAGGCUGUCCACAAAUUACUCAACUUCUUGCAUCAAAUUAUAGCAUGUGUCAUGUGAAAUAAAUUUCAACCAUUUAACAGAGAA